CUCCCGCCUCCGCCGCCUGCCGCGCCUGGAGGAGGUCGGGAUGUAGUCACUUCCUCCCGGGCCCGCUCUCUGUAUCCGGGUCAGCUGCGCCGUUGCCGCUACCUGUGACCAGGAUACUGGGCCCGGGUCUCCACCGCUGUCCGAGGGGAGCAGGCUCCGCUCGGCGCUAUCUUCUGCGACCUGGCCGUCAGCCCCACGUCGCCGGCCUGGAGGGGCGAAGAAGACGAGGGAGCCAAGGCUUCCUCCGGAGUGAGACAUUGGCUCUCCGAAUUAUCAGGAGUUUAUAGUUGACAUCGAGUCUAAGCUGAGGAUGGAAGGUGUAGAACUUAAGGAAGAAUGGCAAGAUGAAGAUUUUCCAAUACCUUUACCAGAAGAUGAUAGUAUUGAAGCAGAUAUAUUAGCUGUAACUGGACCAGAGAGCCAGCCUGGCUCACCGGAAGUUAAUGGAAAUAAAGUUAGAAAGAAACUAAUGGCUCCAGACAUUAGCCUGACCCUGGACCCUAGCGAUGGCUCUGUAUUGUCAGAUGAUUUGGAUGAAAGUGGGGAGAUUGACUUAGAUGGCUUAGACACACCGUCAGAGAACAGUAAUGAAUUUGAAUGGGAAGAUGAUCUUCCAAAACCCAAAACUACUGAAGUUAUUAGGAAAGGCUCAAUUACUGAAUACACAGCAGCAGAGGAAAAAGAAGAUGGGCGGCGCUGGCGUAUGUUCAGAAUUGGAGAGCAAGACCACAGGGUUGAUAUGAAGGCCAUUGAACCCUAUAAAAAAGUUAUCAGCCAUGGAGGAUAUUAUGGAGAUGGAUUAAAUGCCAUUGUUGUGUUUGCUGUCUGUUUUAUGCCUGAAAGUGGUCAACCUAACUAUAGAUACCUGAUGGACAAUCUCUUUAAGUAUGUUAUUGGCACUUUGGAGCUUUUAGUAGCAGAAAACUACAUGAUAGUUUAUUUAAAUGGUGCAACAACUCGAAGAAAAAUGCCCAGUCUGGGAUGGCUUAGGAAAUGCUACCAGCAAAUUGAUCGAAGGUUACGGAAAAACCUAAAAUCUCUAAUCAUUGUACAUCCAUCUUGGUUUAUCAGAACUCUUCUGGCUGUUACAAGACCAUUUAUUAGCUCAAAAUUCAGCCAAAAAAUUAGAUACGUCUUUAAUUUGGCAGAACUAGCGGAACUUGUCCCCAUGGAAUAUGUUGGCAUACCAGAAUGCAUAAAACAGUAUGAAGAAGAAAAGUUAAAAAAGAAACAGAAAAGAGUUGAUCAAGAGCUUAAUGGAAAACAAGAUGAACCAAAAAGUGAACAGUAAGUUUGGCAUCUAGUCCAAACAAGAUUGAAGAAUGUGCUGAUGAAGCAAUGCUCUUUUUUGCAUUUAUAAUGCAUUUAUUAGCCCUGAUUUUUAUGUAACCUGUUACAAAAUUGACUUGACUUUUUAAUGGACUUUUGUAUAAGAGACUGUUCACUGCUGUAUUGGUUUGCAAAUCUCUUGAAUUUAGCUAUUAACUAGCCAAUUGUAAUCAUUUUAUAUUUUAUAUUGCUAAAAGCAAAGAACCACACUUUAUAUAAAGCAGUUUUUGCAUAUGUUUAUUGAAUGAUGCGUCUUCUUCAGUAAAAUAUUUAUAUGCCUAAAUGGUAAAGGAGAGAGAUAAUAUAUAUUUUUAUGUUUUGAGCAAUUUUUUAAUGUAUACCUAUCUUGUGGAAAAAUAUGCAAGUAAAUAAGACCAUGAUUUUAUAAAGUGCAUGUUAGAAUUUUUGCAUUUUGUAUAUGGUUAACUACAUUUCCUGGGUAACUUAAAAAAUAAAGUGGCUCAUAAGGUGAGGGACAGUUAAACUGGUUGUCAUGAAUACCCAAAGGUCAUGUACAUAAUCUAAGUAGAUUAGUACCAUCCUAAGCAUUUUUUUAUCACUUAAUGUAUAUUGUUACUUAAUUCAGAAGCACAGAUACAAGUGUAUUGCACACUUUUCCCUUUAUAAACUUACAGAUAAGUCAGAAAAGUCAUUUUUAAAACUAGAGAAUAUAAGAGAGUAAGAAUUAGGGUUUGUAUAUAUAUGUAUAUAUGGGACAUUUUGUCUCCUGGUCAAAAGUCAGAACUUUAUAAAAAUCUUAGGUUUGUUCACUAAUGUGAAAUAAGCUGUGUCCAGGGUAUCACUCUCCUGAAUUUGUAUGAGUGCAGUGUAGUCAGAGAAUGUGAUGAGUUAUUCACUGUCAAUAGUGUUCUCUGGAAAACAGGAGCUGCUUUUUUUAACUGCUCUCAUUGUGAGCACUUUACCAAAAUACUUCCAUAUCAGUUAUUUCAACUUGAUAGGUGUUUCACCUAGUCAACUAUGGUGUGUUUUCACAUUUUCUGUUGAAUCGUAUUGACAGUACUGUAAAUUAUUUUAUAAGUCUUAGAGUAUCAUUAUUACACUGUUUUGGAUGACACAUUUGAUAUAAGCAUAUAAACUCCUUAAUUUGGUAAAUACCUUGACUCUACAUUGAAAUAAAUUGUACUUAUGCCCCCAAAGAGAACUUAAUUUACCCACAAAACCAUCCUAAAACAGCAGGUCGGUCUAAUAGUGUGUCAUGUACUCGUGUGACUCAUACAUUUGGUAAAAUUAGUACCUUCCUAAUUUGAGGGUCAGACCAUACUCCAGCCCUUCCUAUAAGGUAAUUUAAAAACGUGUCCUAGAGUAGCACAAUUGAAGUGAAUAAGAGCUAAGCUUUUAAGAUUUAUUCUAUCCUAAACUGAACAUACAUGUUGCUUUAAGCAUUGCCAAUUUUAGCACAAAGUUUCUAUCGUGAAAGAUUUUUCCUUUAUUUUUUGUCCUCCUCAGUCAUAAACUUGGCAUGCUAACUUAAGUCCAAUUAUGGGAGGUGUUGGAGGGUUCCCAGGUUGAGACUUUCCUCCGCAGCCUCCUUACUUGACUUGGAUCCAGCAACUGUAGGCAGAUCCUGAACUAAUCUCAUAGUGAAUAAAGUCAAAACCAUUAUUGCUUAAAUGUUAGAAACACUUUGUACUGAACAAGCAAACUAACAAUAACUUAGACAUUCCUUCUAAUUUGACCAGAUGAAGAUUAUGAAUUAAAGGAUCAUUGGAUUUAAUUAUGAUUAGAGUCUAUAUUUUAGAGCACUUUAAGUAGCCUUUUAUCUGUAAGUCUUCAUCUCCCUCAAAAUAGGCUGAGCUUUUUAAUCGUGGUUUUCUUUGUUUCUUCAGUUUCAACACUUUUUUGGGUUUAUUGACCUUUCCUUGUGCAAGCAUUGUUCCCAACUACAGAUACAACUUGUUACGAAAGUGGCGUGUUUUCCUUAAUACUUUUUUAAAGUAGAAGUAGCCUGCAUUCUAUUAAAACAUUAAAAUUCAUAUGGAAUAGUAAUAACACUUGGGAUAUAACGAAAGGAUGCGCUACUCUAACCUACACCUUAAUGGAAUCUGGUAUAGGGAUUUGCCCCAUAAUAAAUGUUUCAUAAUUAUGGGACUUAAGAUCAUAACGUAGAUUAGAGGGAAAGCAUUUAUUUAAGUUUGUUAUUUGUAAUUUGUAUUGUAACAUUUUCCCCAUACCAUUCAGUUUUAAUUUUUUACUACUGAUUGAGGUGAAAGUACUUACAACUGUAUUUUAUCUUUCUGCUGGGGUCAUAGAUCCAACUUAACUGAUUUAAUUUGAUGCAUCUUUCAUUUUUUGUUAUACUUGGGCUCUGAGUGCCUCUUUUUAGUCAGAAGUUUCUCAUAUAAAGUAAUUUAAAGUAAUUUGAUUGUAUUCUGCUUGGUCAUAUUCCUGAAAAGUACCAAGGAAAGAUGCUAUAUUGACCUCACAGUUUAAACUUAAUAGUCUUUAUUAGUAAACAUGAUUAGUAAAUAUGAUUGAGUAAUAAAUAUGUUUCUAAGUAGAACCUAGCAAGCAAUUGGAAAGGAAGUAAGAGGAAAAACUACAAAAGGGAAAGAAUUAACUGUUACCUAAGAUCCCACUGAAUGAGUCCCUGUUAAGGGGAGUACUGUGUAUGACAGACUUUGGUACCAUUUCUCGUAUCCAGCGGGAAAACCUGCAGGCUACACACAGAAUAUGUGAAUAAGGAGACUACAGAAUGAAGCGGGGAAAGGGUGAUAAUACCUAGAAUGAGAAUUUCUAAUUUCUUCUGCUUUAUCACUUCAUAUAGAAGCAAGUUGGAACAGAGAGGGUAAGCAUUUACAGUACUCGGAUUAAAGUUUAGAACUAGGUUAUUUUGUAGUUUUCCAAAAUGGACAUCACUAUUUAGUAACUGCACUGAAUACCAAAAUUUGCUGAUUGACAAGUAUAGGUAGAAUUUCUUCAACUGCUAUUCCAGAGUUUAACAAGGUAAGGGAUCUGAUUUUUUGGUAGAGACUUUGUAAAUGAGUAUAUACAGCAAUACUAUUUUGCUGUUCUUAUGUGUGUGCUCAGGGAAUUUGAAAGUGAUUUAAUGUAGGAAUUGGCUUUUUAGAUUUCUUCAGUUGAUAAAUUAGUAUUAGGACAUAUCAGGCAAGACAGGCUAGUUUCCUGAUGAAAUUGGUUAGGUUGUAUAUAAGAUUACAGUAGCUUAUCCUUCCUUUUCCCAUGUUAUAUAUGGAAAAUUGCUAACAGUGCUCAAUCAGAAGGGAGUAGGGGAUAGGCUGAAAAUUGAGCUUGCUACCCCAUUCUCAUUGUUUUCAUGCCUAUAUUUUUCCCAUCAUAUAGUUUUUUGAGAAAUGGAUCACAAAUAUCAAAGGAAUGGGAUAGGUAGAGGAAUUAAUGUGCUUAUAAGUUAAACCAACUAUUCUGUUAGAAUUUUUGACAUAGGGAACAGGAAUUGUGUAAUUUUGAGUUGCUAGGAGAGAGUCAAGAAUUUAGACUUACAUAGGAAGGUCAGCUGGUUAGGGAAGUGGGAGAUUAUUAAUGUUCUAAAGUACAGAGGAAUUACCUAGGGAGCUUUUCACUCCUCUUCCCGUCCCAAGAUUUGGAAUGUAUUAGAGUCAAAUUGAUGGUGAGUCCUUGUAGUGUAACUUUCUUUUAAAGUUCUAAAUAGUAAUUGAAUAUAAAGUAAUGUGUUGAACAGUAAAGAGUGACACUAAAAUGUGACACUGAAUGGAACUGUUACUUCGUUGGAACUGUAUAUGAUAGAACUACUUAAUUUCUUAUGUUUUGAGAACUAAAAAUUUCCAUGAAAAGUUCACAUAAAGCACUUAAUUACAAAUUAGAUACCAAGUGAAAAGCAAGGGUUUAAUGCUUUCAAAUUAAUAGAGAAUUAUAUUAAGCUGUUUUCUUCAGAUAGCUGUUUGAUUCUAAGACAUUCUACAAAAGGUUUAAAAUAUUUGCAUUUUGAAAUUUUUGUUUUUAUAUUCAGUGUGACUAAGGAGGAACUUGGAAAUUAUUAGCUACUCCACUUGCACUUUUUGUAUAUGGAAUUUUUGAAGUUCUGCACCUUAAACAAUUAUUUACAUAAACUGAGCUAGUAAACAUCGGUGGUGUUCAGGGCCACCGACUUCCACAGCCCUUGGGGCAUCAUUCAAAUAGAACACAAUUCAGAGUUUGUUAGAUACUAACGCACUUUGAUAUAUAUUUCAAAAAUUCAAAUAUUUUCCUUACCAUUGGUUCACAUGUUGCCAUUUAGAAAAAAUUAAUGUACUGUGAUCAUUUUACUAGUAUUCAAAUGAUGUUGCCUAGCCUAGUGCUGUCAUUUUACAGUGUGAGAAAUUCAGUUCUGAUGACUGUGCAAGACGUUGAUGUGGUCCCUGUAAUAAAUACUAAGGUUGUCUUGAUUUACUAAGGAGAUGUAAUAUUUUGUUUUCCUUCUGACUUGUUAGGAAUACAAUAAUUUGUGUCCUGAUCUGUUGCAUAUCAUAUUUUUGCAACAUUAAUGAAUUUAAAUAAAUUAAUUGGAAAGUUUGUA